UCAAGAAAGUGCCGGAAGCGUUCAGUUGUGCCAAAAUGGCUUAUCAGACUGUUCAACAGGAAUAUUUACAGAUUCCUUUUGUGACUCGGGCAUACACAACUGCCUGUGUUCUGACUACCGCUGCUGUGCAAUUAGAACUCAUCACACCUUUCCAACUAUACUUCAAUCCUGAUUUGAUACUAAGGAAUUAUCAGGUAUGGAGACUCAUAACCAACUUUUUAUUUUUCGGUCCAGUUGGCUUCAACUUCCUUUUCAAUAUGAUUUUUUUGUACCGAUACUGUCGUAUGCUGGAGGAGGGCUCUUUCAGGGGCCGCACCGCUGACUUUGUCUUUAUGUUCCUCUUUGGUGGACUUUUGAUGACUAUAUUUGGCACCUUUGUGAGUCUGGUGUUCUUGGGCCAAGCCUUCACCAUCAUGCUGGUGUACGUGUGGAGCAGGCGCAACCCCAAUGUUCGCAUGAACUUCUUUGGUCUGCUGAACUUUCAGGCGCCUUUUCUCCCGUGGGUGCUCAUGGGGUUCUCUCUGCUGCUGGGCAACUCCAUCAUUGUGGAUUUACUAGGUAUCGCUGUGGGUCAUGUCUACUUCUUUCUUGAGGAUGUAUUCCCAAACCAGCCAGGUGGUGGCAGAUGGCUCAAGACUCCUUUUUUUCUUAAGAUGCUGUUUGACACUCCAGAAGAAGAUGCCAACUACAAUCCCCUUCCCGAGGAGCGUCCAGGGGGGUUCGCAUGGGGAGAGGGACAGCGCCUCGGGGGUUAACCUAGCCCCCCACCACAGGAUCACUUUAUGGACAUUCCCUUAGCGAGACAGAGGGACAAACUUGGUCUUUUUUUUUCUUGACUUAUUUCUCUAGUUCUGAAUGGAGAACGCCAGUAUCCAACCAGAGCUUUUCUGAGAUUGGUGUGUGGCUUACAUCUCCCUCAAACUAUUCUAUAAGCCAGACUGUCACUUUAAGACCACAUGAGGACGUUACAACAGCAAGGGACUUUUGAUGGGGAACCUUUGGCUGUGUUGAUGUUUGGCUUUAUCUCUGGGGGAAUAUUGUCAAUAUGGGAAACGGAGGCAAAAAUCUGAAUUAAUUCAGAUCUGGAGUUUUUUCUCAUUUUACUUCAAUAAAUAUAUAUAAUUAA